CGCCCUGCCGCUCCGCGCCGCCCUGCGCUCCGCUCCGCGCCCCGGGCUCGCCCCGCUGCAACAGGUACCGGGGCCGGGCCGGCCGGGGGCACCGCUCCGCGCCCCGCACCGCCGCGGGAGGUGCUGCUGGCCGGUUAUGGAGACAAAAGGAUACCACAGCUACCCAGAAGGCUUAGAUAUGGAGAGACGGUGGGGUCAAGUUUCUCAGUCUGUGGAGUAUUCUUCCAUAGGUGCUGGAGAGCAGACUGAUGACAGUAACUACAUGGAGAUUGUAAACGUCAGCUGCGCCGCCGGCACUUUCGCAAACAGCAGCGCUCAAGGAAACGGCAAAGAAAAACCUGAGCUACUCUCCUGCCUGCAGCAAGACAACAGCCAGCCUGGUCUCCUGUGCUCUGACAUCAAAACCGAAACAGAGUCCAAGGAGCUGUCGGCAACGGUGGCCGAAUCCAUGGGUUUGUACAUGGAUUCGAUACGAGACGCCGAUUACCACUACGAUCAGCAGAACCAGGGGAGCCCAGGGAAGAUCUACCAGAACGUGGAGCAGCUGGUGAAGCUCUACAAGGAGAACGGCCAUUGCUCCUCUCCCCUCCACAGCGCCAGCAGGCCCUUGAGGUCUCUGAUGUCGGACUCUGGGAGCGCUGUGAACGGCGGUGCCAUGCACACGAUUGUCAAAAGCCCCAUCAUGUGUCAAGAGAAAAGCCCCUCAGGCUGCAGCCCUCAGAACAUGGCCUCUUCAGUGUGUAGUCCUGCGGGAGUUAACUCCAUGUCCUCAACCACCGCUGGCUUUGGGAACUUUGCCAUGCACAGCCCCAUGGGGCAGGGCACCCCUCUGUCGCGCUCACCCAACGUUGAGAGCCGCGGCUCCAUGCUGCACAGCCCCGCGCACGUCAGCAACGUCGGCUCUCCGCUUUCCAGCCCUAUCAGUAGCAUGAAGUCGCCGAUCUCCAGCCCUCCCAGCCACUGCAGCGUGAAAUCUCCCGUCUCGAGUCCCAACAAUAUCACUAUGCGAUCUUCUGUGUCCAGUCCUGCAAACCUGAACUCCAGGAGCUCCAUUGCCAGCCCUUCCAAUGCCAAUAACAGGUCCACGCGUUCUAGUCCAGCGGUUAGCACUGUGGGAUCAUCCAUCUGUAGCCCCGUUAACAACUCCAUAGGGUUCCCGCCUUCCGGCACGCCAGUGGGGCCUAGCAGAAGCCAAGACACCGUUCCCAGUCCAGAAACAAAAGACAAGGGUGCUCAAGAACUCACGUUUCCUAAGAUGGAGGAAAUGGAGAACGCCAUCUCCAACAACAGCCAGAUGAACCUUGUUCAGUUCAUAAAGCCCGAGCCAGACGGGUCCUUUGGCAGCGCCUGCAUCGGCGACAGCAGCAGCAGCAAAAUAAACUCAGAUUCCCCCUUUCCAGUACCAGUGAAGCAAGAGUCGGCCAAACAUCCUUGUUCUGGUGCCUCCUUUAAAGGGAAUCAAACAGUAAAUCCUUUCCCAUUUACAGAUGGCUCGUAUUUUUCUUUUAUGGAUGACAAAGACUAUUACUCUCUUUCUGGGAUUUUAGGACCACCUGUUUCUUCAUUUGAUGGAAAUUGUGAAGGUAGCAGUUUUCCAAAUCCAGGCCUACGUGUGGGGAUUAAGCAGGAGCCUGACGAUGGCAGCUAUUACCAAGAGAACAGUAUACCAUCCUCUGCCAUUGUGGGGGUAAAUUCAGGUGGACAGUCAUUUCACUACAGGAUCGGUGCCCAGGGCACGAUAUCCUUGUCACGGCCGGUGGCUCGAGAGCAGACAUUUCAGCACUUGAGCUCCUUCCCUGCUGUCAGCACGCUCGUGGAGACCUGGAAGUCGCAUUCGGAGUUGGCAUCCAGAAGAGGUGAUGGGUAUCCAGUUCUAGAGUACAUUCCAGAAAAUGUGUCCAGCUCUUCAUUGAGAAGUGUAUCAACUGGAUCUUCAAGACCUUCCAAAGUGUGUUUGGUGUGUGGAGAUGAAGCAUCUGGAUGUCAUUACGGGGUGGUUACAUGUGGCAGCUGUAAAGUUUUCUUCAAGAGAGCAGUAGAAGGCCAGCACAAUUACCUGUGUGCGGGAAGGAACGACUGUAUAAUUGAUAAGAUUCGGAGGAAGAACUGCCCAGCCUGUCGAUUACAGAAAUGUCUGCAAGCUGGAAUGAAUUUAGGAGCCCGGAAGUCCAAAAAGUUGGGGAAAUUGAAAGGGAUGCACGAGGAGCAGCCCCAGCAGCGGCAGCAGCCGCCCCCACAGAGCCCCGAGGAAGGGACGACGUACAUUGCGCCCGUGACCGAGCCCUCUGUCAACACUGCACUUGUCCCCCACAUGUCUGCUAUCUCACCAGCACUUACUCCCUCUCCUGUGAAGAUCCUUGAAAGCAUUGAGCCGGAGAUCGUGUACGCAGGAUACGACAGCUCCAAGCCGGACACGGCGGAGUACCUGCUCUCCACCCUAAACCGCCUGGCCGGCAAGCAGAUGAUUCAGGUGGUGAAGUGGGCAAAGAUACUUCCAGGAUUUAGAAACUUGCCUCUCGAGGACCAAAUUACUUUAAUUCAGUAUUCAUGGAUGUGUCUGUCAUCGUUUGCCUUGAGUUGGAGGUCGUACAAACAUACAAACAGCCAGUUCCUCUAUUUUGCUCCAGACCUGAUCUUCGAUGAGGAGCGGAUGCGCCAGUCAGCGAUGUUCGAGCUGUGCCAGGGCAUGCACCAGAUCAGCCUGCAGUUCGUGCGCCUGCAGCUCAGCUUCGAGGAGUACACCAUCAUGAAAGUGCUGCUGCUCCUGAGCACAGUUCCCAAGGAUGGUCUCAAAAGCCAAGCUGCAUUUGAAGAAAUGAGGGCAAAUUACAUUAAAGAACUAAAGAAGAUGGUAACUAAAUGUCCAAGUAACUCUGGGCAAAGCUGGCAGAGAUUCUACCAACUGACUAAACUUCUUGACUCCAUGCAUGAUCUUGUUAGUGACUUAUUGGAAUUCUGCUUCUACACCUUCCGAGAGUCUCAGGCACUGAAAGUAGAGUUUCCAGCCAUGCUGGUGGAAAUCAUCAGUGACCAGCUACCAAAGGUGGAAUCUGGGAAUGCCAAGCCCCUGUACUUUCACAGGAAGUGAUAGAAAAUGUCUUAAAUGGAAGAACUUUGCCUUAAGUUUCCCUGUGUUAUUCCACACCCAUGAAGGACCCAAGAAACCAUAUUUUAAACAUGCUCUUUACACUUGUUCAGCAGUAUCUGAAUAGUCUAAAAUCAUACGAAGGGUUUGGGGGAAUGGAAAGCAGUUGACUCGGAUUUGGCAAGACCUAGAUGUUUGGAAAUUACCCCAUAACCCUAAAACACUUAGAAAAUGUUCCUGUUCCUCUGGAUGAAAAGCCAUAUCUAGUCAAUAACUCUUUGAUUUUGAUAUUUUAACAGAUGGAGUUUUAAAUAUGCCAUGUAGUUUCUGGUAUUGUUUGCUUGUUUUAAAAGGGUUCGAGAACUAAUGAGAACUUUUUAAAGCUUACCCUUGGUUUGCACAUAAAACGUAAAGUCAAUAUGGGGCAUUAAUAUUCUUUUCUUGUAGAAAAAAAAAAAACAAAAAAAACCAAAAAAAAUUACAAACAAAAGCUAUAUAUAUACACACACAUAUAUACACAAACACAAACCCUAACGUGUAAAGUAAUAACAGAACAUUUGGUGUGGAAUACUGUUAUCCCCACCUGUGGCAUUUGUUAUCCCAUAUUAUCCCAUCAUAGAUGAUAUACACUGUGUUAAGUGUCCAUUUACUAUUUAAUUCAAAAGGAUAAGAUGUGAAAAACAAAUGCCCUGGUAUCAAUUUAUAGUAUCUAUUGUGCUGGCUUUACAAAUAAUUUUUUGCAGUCUUUUGCUGUACUGUACAUUGCUGUAUGUAUAAAUUGUGAAGGACCUGAAAUAAGGUGUAAGGAACUUUUGUAAAUGAGACAAAAAAAUCUUUAAUGGUUAAUAGGAUGAACGGGAAAGUAUUUUUGAAAGAACUCUAUUUUGCUGGAGACUAUUUAAGUACUAUCUUUGUCUAAACAAACAAGGUAAUUUUUUUGUAAAGUGAAAUGUUCUGCAUGCAUAAUGAACCGUUUACAGUGUAUUUAAGAAAGGGAAAGCUGUGCCUUUUUUAGCAUCAUAUCUAAUUUACCAUCCUACAGUAUCUGUUGUAAAUAACCAUGCUUAACCUUUUCAGUUGUGUUUUAAGCCUUUCUAUUUCUCUCUAUUUUCCUCCGCUUUUGUCUCUCUUGCAAGCAUACGUGACUUGAGCACAUCUUAGAACUCCUGCUUCAUAUAUCUGUAGGAAACUACACAUUUUUGUGUUUGCCACUUUACCAAGGUUUCAUUUAACAAGACAAAUUAUGGUCUCUCUCCAAAGCUUUUGCCAGCUUAAUGAUUUAGUGAGUUCUUGCCCUCAAUUCCCUUUCUCUCUCAGGGGAACAGGGGCAAGCAACACGUUGAAUGAUUUUUCUUUUUUUACUAAGGUUUCCCAGAUUGUUUGGUUUUGGUUUUGUUUUUUUUCCUUUGAAUACUGGAUCUAUAAAACAUCUUAAAAGGUCAGAUUAUUAUUUCAGAUGGGGGAGAUUGAUCUCUGGUUAUGCUGAAGGGAACAUGCAGAUCAUUACAGUAAGUAUAUCAAGGAGAUUUGUACUGGUGAGAGGGAUGGUGAAGGAUGAUAAGGGCAGAUAAGCUGAGUAGAAUUUUUAGUGAUAAACUAAAAGUGUCUGUAAUUUUGUAAGCAUUUUUGUAAUAAUCGGGAUACAUCCAAGAAGACAAAUGUUCACACUACAAGUUCAACUCAGUUGGUCUGAUUUUGUCUCAAAAAUGUUUUCUCUAGAAUAAGACUGCAAAGAAGAGAAUUUUUGAGGUGAUUUUCACUAUUUCACAAUUUAUAAGCAACUACAAGAUUUUGGAGUAGAAUAGAGGACAGGUGAACUUUUCUGAGGCUCAACUGUUGCUACCAUAUGCUCAUGUUUAAAUAGAAUAGUUUUUCAGAGUCCUAAUCUGUAGUGUUCUCUCUGGGUGCCACUGGUAUUUUUGAGCUAUAGUGUGUCCCUUGGCCGGUUGGAAUGUAGCAUUUCUUGUCAAUGGUGGUCGAAUUAAGAAUUCUACACCCUUUCUGAACUCAAAUUUGGAGGUGCACUGUGGUGCACUGAAGACAGUCAACGCUACUUGUCUUUUUAAAUGACACCUGCCUUAUGCAAUGGGUAAUCUGUAAAGACUGUAUUCAGAGAGGUUUUUUAUAUAUAAAUAUAUACAUACAUAUAUUAUUUGCAUUUUGGAAGUCUAAUUCAUAGGCAGAUCUUUAAAUACUGACCUGCACAGCAAUAUGAAAGCCAAACUUCCAACGUGAGAUAUACAGCAUGCAGACUGGUUGUUUACAGUAAAGACACAGUCAUACAUCCAUCUAUUCAUUUAGGUUUUUUUUUAAAGUCUAAAAUAGAAGAUUUCAAAGCCAGGUUCUGGGUGAAUACAGUCUGCAGCAGUUUUUUAUAUUAACAAAGUUACUGCCUCCUUUUCUGUCUCAGAGUAACUUUGCUUGACUAAAAUAGCAAAGCCAUAUUCUACACUUCACUGUUAAAUGCCUGUCCCAGUCCAAAUUGUUGUCUGUUUGCUCCUAUUUUUGUACCUUAUUACUUUUAAUCUUGGUUUGGUACAAUUCAUAAUUCACAGAAACUUCAUAUAAUUAAACACACUAAAUUAGUUUUAAAAAGCAAUUUAUAUCUUUAUGCAAAAACGUAUGUCUGUCUUUGCAAACAACUGUAAGCAGAUUAUAAUAAAUCCUUUACUUUAAUCACC